AGACUGCAUCCCGCACUAAUCAACCCGCGCCCAGAGUCGCCAAAAUGCGCCUGCGACUUAGCGUGCAGCGGAACAAUCUGCCCGUCUCGAAUAUUCUCUGGAGCGUGCCGGACACAGCGAGCGCGCAAGCCUACACGUUCGCGCGACUGCUCGAGGAUGUCAACCAGAUCUUACCGCUGGAGGCUGAGCAGUGGGGCCUGGAGGACUACAUUGUCGAACUGGAGGGAUUUGAAUGUCUGCACUUCUCGCCUGUUCUGCAGACACUGAAAGAAGACGACCGCCUCUCCAUCCGACCUCUCCUUACAGCUGAAGUCCGCUCUCGCACGCUCUGUGGGCGCACCCAGAUCACGGAUGACGGACGCCACCUGGUCGACGGCAUACCUUUCGGUCGACCCUACCUUAGGCAACCGCUCCGCCCCGCCGUGACCAUCCCGCCGCGGAAACGCCUUCGACUCGAUGAGGAUACUGUUGCAGGCACCAGUGCACCGGAAGCGACAGGCUUCAUCGCGGCAGCUAGUGAAGCGCAGCCUGCCGUGGGAAGUACCGGCCCAAGCAAGAACAAGAAAGAAGUGCAAUUUUCGCAGGCAGACGAGGAAGGCUCGGAAGACAGCGAAGACGACGAAGACUUUGUUCCCGGACAUGUUAGUGAGGGCUCGGUAGAUUCUGAUAGCGACGACGACACUUCUUCGGCGGCUUCUCAAGCUUCUGUGCAGCCCACCAAAUCGAAUAAGCGACGGCGCUCACCAGAACGCGAAGCCGCGGAUACAUCAUCGCCUUCCUCGACCGAUGCCGGCUCGGAUUCGUCUUCAGAUUCUGACAGCGACUCACAAAUAGAAGCGGACCGCAAGGCUGAGACCAGCGCAGCCUCCGACUCGGAAUCUGAUAGCGAUUCAGAUUCAACCGACUCCGAUUCAGAUAGCGACAGCGACAGCUCUGCACCGGAGGUACUUUCCUCGAAACCCACCGUGCCGCCAUGGUCUGGUACAAAAGACACACGCAGGAGGAACUUCAGGCGAAAGCAAUUAACGAAGCUCAAGAGGCUUAAGGCAGAAGGAAAACUACAUCGCGAUGCUACCUACGCCGAUCUACAGAAAUAUCUUGGGCUAUUUCAAGAGCCGGAGUCACCAAUCCGAACACCAGCACACACCAUGUCCAAAUCAACGGGCAAGAGAAAACGGCUAGGCGAGAAUGCAGAGGACCAACAUACUCAGACACAGGCGGACGAAUCCGCAGAACUCGAAAGACGAAGAGAGGAACUCAUGGCACGGCUUGCAGACACUGCGACCGACGUGGAAAUGACUCCGGUCGAAUCGUUGUCUUCUAACUUAGAACAAGCGGAACAGACUGCGAGGGUGAGCGCUUCGUUAGCAGUGACAGAUGCCUCCACGUCUAAUCGGAGUACUCCUACCCCGACACCACUCACAAAACGGCUGCGACCCAACGUGUCGGCCAUUGGACGCAUUCUCCAGCGCCAGGCUGUGAACAUCGAGCGAAAAACAUCAAAAUCGGUGAAACCACCAGUUGCCGAUCCAGAGCCUGAAGGUGCUUCUGAUCCUGACUUUUGGAAAUCACGAAUCAAUCUUUCCGCGUUCGAGUGCUGGGAUGAAGAGUACGAACUCAGCGCUCCUCCAUUCCCGUUCGAGCAACAUUGGGACCCGGCCAGCAAGCUGAUGCGCGAGAAGAAACAAGCAAAGCAGAAGAAGAAAGGGAGAAAAAGUGAACAACCGACUGAGCUAUUAGUCUACGAUAACGAAGACCAAGAGCCGGAGGAUACACCUGUUCUCGACUACGACGACUCACCUGAGACCAUGAAGGCAGCGUCCGACCCCACAGAUGCUGCUGAAUCCCAGAUUCUCCAGGAAGUAGAGCUGGCUGCAAAAAGUGACUUGCCACCGCUGCCCGAGGACGUCGAGUCGCUUCCCACGCUGCAGCCACACGAUGUACAGGUCGGCGCGGUCGUUGUAUUCAAGGUCUAUGCCAUCGAUCCUGUGACGGUUACUCCUCACAUUAGUGAAUACAAGACAGCAGCCGUUGAGAAGGAGGGCGACUCUGGGCACGGAGCGGGAACUUUCAGACUAAAGCUUGCGAAUCGCGAUAUUCCGAACAAGGCGAGUGAGGCGGUAGAUGAAAGGGGCCACUCGGUCAAGAACGCCGUGAGCGGCUUCCGGAUGGACGAUGAGGACGAAGAUGAAGACGACAGCGUUUGGGAAGGCACGUUCGGUGAGCUGGUAGAGCCAAAGCUUUUGAAAGCUGCGGCGUAGGUGCUGAGUUAUGCACGGCUGAUCCCAAUGCUGAACCAGCGGCAUUCAUCUCUGAUGCGCCGUUGUUCUGCACAUUUGACGUAUACAUUACCAGCUGUUUCGCCAGGAUUAUUGCAGAUACGCCACAAUUACAGCGCAAAUGCAGCGAACAGGCGGAGGAAGACGUACUAGAAGAAUUGAU